AUGUCCACCCCACUUCGAAUUGCUGUGCUUGAAUGCGACACACCACUGGACAGAACAAAGUCCAGGUAUGGAAGUUAUGGCGGUGUCUUUGAGUCCCUACUCCAAGCCAGUGUCAAACUGCUGAAUCAGUCUGACAAAAUAAAUCCAGUCACUGAACUUGACAUUUCAAAAUGGGAUGUUGUUGAGAGUGAUAAAUACCCAAGCUUGGAGAACAUUGAUGCUGUAUUAAUAACUGGGUCAAAACACAAUUCGUACGAUGAUAUACCUUGGAUAAACAGACUAGUUGAUUUUAUCUCCAAGAUCCUCACACAAGAUCGAGUCAGAAUUAUUGGUGUGUGCUUUGGACAUCAAAUCCUAGGGAGAGCGCUGGGGGCAAAAGUUGGCCCCAAUGAGCAAGGAUGGGAGAUUUCAGUGCACGAUAUGAACCUUACAGAUAAAGGAAAAGAGUUAUUCGGUACGAACAAAUUGUGUCUUCAACAAAUGCAUCGCGAUGUAGUCCAUUACUGCCCCUCUAAUGUUACUCUACUUGGCUCCUCAUCUAUAUGUGAUGUACAAGGCAUGUAUAUACCUGGCCAUUUUAUAUCCGUGCAAGGUCACCCUGAAUUCACCAAGGACAUUGUUGCAGAGAUACUGGAUGCAAGACAUGAUGCAGGCAUAUUUUCUUCAGAGAUUUAUGAGGAUGGAGUGGCUAGACUCGGGAAUGAGCAUGAUGGAUUACUGGUUGGGAAGGCAUUUUUAGAAUUUCUGAUUAAUUAA